CAUCACUGAAAAGAAGGAGGACCUGCAUAAGAAAGUGCCACACUGUGAAACCUCGGGUGGGAUAGAGCAGAAACAGAAAUAUUGAUCGAAGAACGACGUCCUUGAAAUCAUCAUUGCCGGUUGUCGUCGACGAUUGCUUCGAGUCGUGCCUGUGCGUACACCGUGCGGAUUGCAAUACCGACAAAGAUUAGAAUAUAACAAAUACAAUCAAAUAAAAAUAAAACCAACAAGCAUGUCGACCGGUCCGAAACAGCGGCCGCGAUCACCGGUCGUCGUUGWUCCGAAGAACGAUACGGGCACUGCGGGACACAAAUCCCACGACGCUUCCGUCGAACYCCACGCCAACGAGCGGCAGCAAACUAAACAGCACUGGUUCGACGCCCUUGCCCCGCCCGCGCAGUUUUCGAUCYUAGCCUGUGGGGUCUUUUUGUUCUUCGGCGUGCACAACUACCURCAGGAGGCGAUAAUGUCCGUUCCGGGCUUCAACUUUGGGGUCAUGCUCGGCUACCUGGAGGUGCUGGGGGUAACGAUCUGCUCCUUUUUGGAGCGGCGGUGCGUGGCUCGGGAAACCCAGCGGGUCGCUCCGAUCUCGGCGUAUCCGCUGCUGACAAUAUGCCUCCUGAGCUCGUCGAGCCUGUCCAAUUUGUCGCUGAACUAUAUCAAUUUUCCGACCAAGGUCGUCUUUCGAUCGUGCAAGGUGAGUCUUUGUUCGAAAACAAUUUACAAAUAAAUCAUUGCAGGCUGUUUGGGGUUUGUUAGACCACCAUUCAGCUUUGCGGACGACGCGAUUGCUUUUUAUCCAUAAAAUCCAACCAUAUUCCAUACCAAUUGCAUCGCCAUUUUUCAUUGUUGGUGCAACACGGGUACCAAAAAAUCGCAACAAAACAGCUGAUCCCCACAAUGGUCGUCGCAUCGAUAGUUCACAAACGAACCUUUUCCGUUCUCGAAUACGGAUGUGCCUUUUGCAUCUGCGCCGGUCUGGUGCUGUUCGCGGCCGCCGAUUGGUCCCUGGCCCCAUCCUUUCAUCCCAUCGGCCUGGCCUUUGUAAUUCUAAGUGUCUGCGCGGAUGCCGUCCUACCCAACGCCCAGGAAAGGUUGUUUGGGAUGGGGUCGAGCCGGCUGGAGGUCACCUUUUACACCAACAUCUUUACGCUAAUCGCCAUGACCGCCACGACCCUUCUGUCGGGCGAUUUGCUGGGAUCCAUGCGCUUCGUGAUGGGGUCCCCCGACCGGACCACACUCUGCCAUUAUAUUUUCGUGUAUACCUUUAUCGCCUACAUUGCCAUUUCCUGCCACAUGAACGUCGUGCGGCGAUUCGGCGGUGUAUCCUCCGUCCUUCUAGCCACCGGCCGAAAGGGGAUGACUUUGAUUCUGUCGUUUUUGCUUUUUCCCAAGGCAUUCAGCUGGUACUAUGUGCUGGGGGCACUGAUGGUGCUGGGUGGACUCCUCCUGUCCAGCCUCAUCAAGAUCCGCAACAAGAACAAGGAGAAGGAGGAGAAGAAGCGACGGAACAGCGGGGACGAGGAACAGGGGAUGCUGAUGGCUCCGUUGACGGCCGCGAGUGGAUCCGCUGCGCGCCGCCACAAACACUAAAGAGGAUGCAGUACGAUAAUCUAUAGAACGAAUUUU